AUGGCUUUCGUCAUCAGCGGCAGCCCCUUAGACGCGUACGGUCCGACGAGCUGUGGAAUACUGCGGCUGUGCCCAACUCGGUCAGGGAGGGCCGGUCCGCCGCCCGGAAGCUGUCGUGCUCUGGGCGGCCGCGUCGGGAAGGCCAAGAGAGGCGGGUGGGACAUAGGUAUCCGUGAGGUGGCCAUUGCGGCAACGCUGCCGCCGUGGAGGUUCCUCGACGCGCUGCAGGACCUGCCCCAGUACGCCAAGAUCACCGAGUGCCACCAGGGUGAGGUCUGGGAGGCGCCUCUGGGCGCUGACGUGCUGGCGUCAUCGGACAAGACCGGUGUGGAGAUGUUCUGCGUCGGCGACCACGUGCUGGGCAUCCAGGGCCACCCGGAGUACACCGGCGACAUACUCCUCAGCCUCGUCGACCGCCUCUCCACCAGCCAAGCCAUCACCGUGUCGUUCGCUGAGGACGUGAAGAGGCAGCUGAAGGCUACUAGCCCUGACAGGGAGUUCUGGCUCAACCUCUGCAAAACUUUCCUCAAGGCUGAAGAAUUGUACUAG